GCUCACGGCGCACAGCCGGUGAGUAUCAACCCUAUGUGUAACUUUCAUGUGCAUACGGUGGUAACAUCACAUAAGCACUUACACAUGCAUUGCUCCGCAGCUGGCCCGUCACCAUCGUCCGCCCAUAGUUCCAAUGGCGCCCACCGGCGCCAGGUCGGAGUUCAGGCUGACAACGGUCACACGGCGGCGCGCGUGACAACCUGGGACACCUCCACUGGACGACCACGGUCAUUUUUCCGCAUGGCCGUCCGAGCUCAUCGCGGAGGAGCGACAAACACGGCCCGUGAAAACCUGCUCUCAAGUUUUUGCGCUAGAUCCUGGAGGAACCGCGUCGCGACGAAACCUCAGGCUCCAUGUACCCAUCCUGGCCUCAGCACUAUCCGUUCAACAAUGCUCCUUUGCUUCCCCGCACUUGCGCUCGCUGCUGCUGCCGUAGCUGGGCCGACUAUCCGCGACGCGAAGGCCACACUGAAGGGCGUCAUCAGCAGCCAACGCAAGCUUGUUUUUGACAAGACAGGCAGCUUCAAGGUCGUGUCCUUUUCCGACAUGCACUUUGGAGAGCGCGCCGGCGACGGCUCAUGGGCCGCCUGGGGGCCAGAACAUGAUGCGGCAACCCAAAAGGUCCAUGCAGCGGUGCUCGACAAGGAGAAGCCAGACUACGUCGUGUUUAAUGGCGAUAUCAUGACCGGUGAAAACGUGUUAGCCGCUAAUGCGACAAGUUAUCUAGAUCUGGCUUAUGCGCCUACUGUUGCGCGGAAAAUUCCGUUUUCCGCCACCCAUGGAAAUCACGAUAAUGCGGUGUGUUCUCAGACUCUUUACACAUUCUAUGCCCGUUACCGCAACUCCUACCCCUCUAGAACAACAUCAACCACCAGAUCGAGAUCGAGCACGAGCAAGCCAAAUAUUCCGAGUUGUCGUACACCCGCUCCGACGUCGGCCCCAAGCCUUAUGGGUGCGGAAACUAUUGCACGGGUCCCGGUAUAUCCCAAACAAGACGCCACCGUCCCGGCGCUCAUCAUGUGGUUUUUCGACUCGCGCUCGUUCGUCAGUGGCUCGGGGGGUAAAGCAGGGCCGAUACCUACUGGAGCGGAUUUCCACUGGGUCGAUCCAGACACGGUCCCCGCGUAUAUGAAAGAGCAGCGGGAACUCAUUGGGGGGAAAGUGCCCCCGGCAUUGAUAUUCGUUCAUAUUCCGGUCCAAAAGGCGCAAGCCUUGGCUGCUCUUCCGAGUCCUGGAUCGCAUGACGACGAGCCUAAUCCGCCUGCACAAGGCUUCCUCGGCAAUAAAUACACCGAGCUGGACCUCCCCUUCUGGAAAGAGAUCGUUGCGCUGUCCGCCCCCGCUGGAAACGUCCUAGCGGUGACGUCGGGGCACGACCACGGCGAAUCAUGGUGCGCGCGAAGCAAGGACCUAUCGGCGAGCAUUCCGAUCUGCUUCAACGGCCACUCGGGCUAUGGGGGCUACGCGACCACACACACGGCCGUGCGCAACGGGCGGGUGUUUGCGCUCACGUUGAACGAUUUAAGCGCCAAGACCCCCAUGGUGAAGACGUGGAAUUCAUAUGAGGACGGCAGGCAAGCAGAGGAGAUCAUGCUGGGUCCCGAUUAUAUGAAAGAAUACAACUAA